CUUCGACCCUUUUCUUUUCGGCUCACAAGGGCGGUACCGCACUUUCGCGGCACGGUCCUUCAAGGUAAUGGCCGACGAUGACCAAAUCAGUAGUGGUACGCGAAAUGUAGCGGCACCUCGGCCACAGGCUCUGUUUAGGUGGUUAGAUGGUGGUUAGGUGGAAAAGUCCUAUGGAGGAAAUGAAGGCAAAGAGCCCAAUGCUCGGAUUCUGAAUAACAAUAAUUUCUAUCUUGUCGCGUACCGUACUUGCUUGUCUAUUCAGGUACGGUUCUCUUCAAAAUGAAUUCAGCUCUUCGACAACAGCCAGGGCUUGCUUGUGAGAACUGCCGCAAGAAGAAAAGCCGCUGCGACCGUGCGCGACCGGAGUGCGGUAGUUGUACUGCGACAGGCGCUGUGUGCGUUUUCACGAACAAGCGCCCGCAGCGAGGACCUAGGAAAGGUCAGCUACAGGCCUUGCGGGCCCGGAUCGCGACUCUGGAGCGCUGUCUCGACGACCAAAACGAAUAUGUAGAUUUAGAUCAUGGCGUAUUCUUUGGGCCUCUAACUCCCCUCGAGGGGAGUACAGCGUCUAGUACUACAACUAGCCCCGAAACGACGAGAAAGCCCAGCAUAAUUCAGUCGUCAGAUGUGGAAUACGAUCAUUCAAGCCAUGAUCUUUUCCCCAACCUUCACGGUAAUCUCGAACUUAGUGCGACCGAAAGCACAAGGUCGAAUAGGAGGUUGGAUGAUCUAGAUCAUGGAAUUUUUCCCGAUCUUCUUUUACCAAUAGGCGAUGAAGUUACACUCGUCGCGACAAAUCAACCUUCAGAUGAGGAAUCACCCGACGGGUCGGAAACGACAUUUAUAUCUGGUUCUACUAUAGUAAAUACCGCAGCACAACCAACAAAACAGUCAUGGAGUAAUCCUUCGAUUCCAGAAACAGCACCCUAUAGCAAGGGAACCGAUUCUGUGGAUGAGAUCGGAGAUUUGGUUCAAGCUGACUUAGACCAGCUAUACUUCGAUCGGAUCCAUCCGGUUAAUCCACUGGUUCGCCGGGCUCGAUAUGUUUCGUGGACCCGUAAGCCGGAGAAAGAGGAAGUUCAAAUAGCCCUUCAAUUGGCCAUGCGUACCCUGGCUGCAUCUGCUUCUGCCGCGUAUCAAGGGCUCGCUAACUCACUCUACGCGGAAACAUGCCGAAGACUUGCAAAACUAGACGAAACUACUGAACACGACUUGACCGAAAACUUUCCACUGGAACAUAUCCAAGCAUGGCUACUACUCGCUUAUUACGAAUUCAUGCGCAGGCCGCAUCGCAGAGCCAUGAUGACAGCGGGACGCGCAUUCCGGAUGAUACAGGUAUCUUUACUGCACGAAAUCCAUGAACCGGAUAUUUCACUGGGCGAUUUCAGCAUAGGUUCAACCCAUUGCUGGGUUGAAGUUGAGGAAAAAAGAAGGACAUUUUGGGCAGCCUACUGCCUUGACCGGUGUGCGGGCCUUUAUGAUGGGAGCCCACUAACGUUCCAUGAAGACGGGAUGCGUACUAGACUUCCGGCUCCUGAGGACCACUUCGAGAGCGGUCAACCUAUUUGUAUGGACUUUUUACACGAUGCUAUCGCCAUCGGUGACCGUAGCACGCUCUCUCCCUUUGCCGAAUGUGUGAUACUACUGACACUAGGAGGUCGGUGUAUUAUGCAUCGACCGCGCAUCCGAGCAGCAGAGACGUUAUAUGGCAACGAUUCGCUUGAAUUUUGGGCUCGGUAUGAGUGGCUUGAUACUACAUUAGACAAGAGGAGACGUCGUCUUGGACAGAUUUUACCAGCUACUGCCACAUCCACGGACCCAAUGCUUAUCUUUACUCACAUGAUUGCUGCUACAAUUGUCAUCCACUUGAUGGAGACGCUAAGCAGCAGAUCUUUUUCAACUGCCCAACAUCGGAUGGCUAUGGAUGCUUAUAAAGAUCGAGCAAUCCAAGCAGCACGUGAGAUUGUGCUGUUAGCCAAGUCCGUGACUCAGAUAAGUUGCUUUCAGGCACAUCCAUUCGUUCCUGGAGCACUCUUUCACGCCACUCGCAUUCUAUCCGCUGCUCGUUUUGGAAACUCGGCCUCGACCGAUGCGGCCGGCGCGACUCAACUGUUAGAGAUACUUAAGAGAUAUGCAAGUCUCAAUAAUCUGGCACAGGACUCGUUACGGAAAUUGGAGCCCCAUGGUAUAUCUAACCUGCGCUCCAACCUUAAGGUGGCCGCUCCACAUGUAACCAAAUAAAAAGAGAAUG